AUGGUAUACACGAGCCUUUUCUAUCGCGACUCCUCCGCCAGCCCCAGAAAUGUCUUCUUCUCCGGAAACCGCUUGGCGUUUGUCGCGCGACGAGGCAAAACCACAUGGAUCAGCAACCGCGAGUCGCAUGCUGCACACUACAUGGACAAGCGGGCCAGUGCGGUCAUGAUGGCGUACCUGCUAUUGUGCAAGCCGCUGGAGGAGCUGUUUGCUGAUGACUUGCAAGAUCGAGACGAAUUGAUCACGUCUUCGGCAAUAGAUCCCAAUUCCCUGACGGAAGAAGAGCAAGAUGAGCUCGAGGCCGACGCGAUGAAGGUCGAAGAUUCAAUCGAGCCAGACACUGUUGGCUCUGUUGACGACCAGCACGACGAUCUACGAGCGGCCAAGCCCUUCAUUGGGGGCGUUGAAUGUGGCACACUCUCAAAGCCAGCAUGCAGGCAGGACGGCACGGACGUCUAUGGCCGCACGCAGCUCGAUCACAAGUUUGUGUCCAGUGAAGCGCAGUACGGCCAUCAGUUUGUGUCUGAAGAAUGGCACAAGCUCAUGAAGCUGGUAGAUGUAGAGGAUCAGAUCCAAGCCGAGGCCGUGGAUGGACAGACCUGCGUGCAACAAGUGGUUCAUAAACAGGUGGUCAUCCAGUCGUCUCGGGUCAGGAACGCCAGCACACAGGUGCAAGCGACCGUGGGCACGCAAACAGAUCUCGAGGUUGAAGCCUGCCUUGAUGCUGAGGACGACAUUGACGAUAUCAUUGCCGGCGUGGAAGACAACAUUCGCGACUGGGAUCAGUAUCGAUUGGCACAGGCUGUGACUCGGCACGAGGCCCAGGACGGCUGGCUGUUGGCCGUGGCCCCGACUGGCAUGGGCAAGACGCGGUGUACACUCGCUCACCUCCAGCCACGCAAGGUCGUGGUGUGGAUAGUCCCGCUUCGUGAGCUUGCCAGAGACUGGUGCCGCCGCUUCGAGCAGGCUGACAUUGUAUCGCAGUGGGCUAAGAAUGAUGGCCGUGACAUGCAAGUCAACGUUCAAGUGAUUGUCAUGACGGUCGACUUUUUGGUUGGCUAUGGGAUGAGGUGGGUGCAAACUCUCGUGCAGCAGAAGCGUCUGGCCAUGCUGGUGAUGGACGAGGUUCACACAAUGCUCGUGGACACCAGCUAUCGAGGGAGUCUUGUUCGCUGCCCAAGCCGGCUGGACCAUCUUCGCCAAGACCCAUCUGUCAAGUGUGUGGGCCUGACUGGCACGCUUUGCCCCAAAGAUGAGCGGGCUCUGCUCCAACAGCUGGACAGCUGGAUUGCACGGAGGACGCUUCGUACCAGACCUUUCGUAUGCCAACCAUGCGAACCGAUCUUCGGCUAG